UCCCGUCGCCGCUUGGGAACUCGUGCCAGCCGCCACGUAAUUCUGGCCUGUGUCGUGAAAACAGGGGAAGCGGCGUGGCCGCAUCCUGAGCGCGUUUCCGUUUGAAACCAGCCGCUUCCGGUGCGUCGUCCGGUUCCGGUCCCACCCCCACCGCACACUUCCGGUCUCCUUUGGUUCCGCUCUGUGGCCGCUUUCUGCGUCCGCUGCUGCUGCUGCUGCUGCUGCUGCUGCUGGUGCUGCUGUUGCUGCUGUCGCUGGCGUUCCUCGGCGUUGCAGGUACUUUUUUCUGAAGGAAGGCCAUUCCUUCAUAUGCUUCCAAAAUGGCUCUCCCUAUCAUUGUGAAAUGGGGUGGACAGGAGUAUGCGGUGACCACACUCUCAGAAGAUGACACUGUGCUGGAUCUGAAACAGUUUCUUAAGACCCUCACGGGGGUGCUGCCAGAGCGCCAGAAGCUGCUUGGCCUCAAAGUGAAAGGCAGACCUGCAGAAAAUGAUGUUAAGCUGGGAGCUCUCAAACUGAAACCAAAUACUAAAAUCAUGAUGAUGGGAACUCGCGAGGAGAGCUUGGAAGAUGUCUUAGGUCCACCGCCGGACAAUGAUGAUGUUGUCAAUGACUUUGACAUUGAAGACGAAGUCGUUGAAGUAGAAAAUAGGGAAGAAAACCUCCUGAAGAUUUCUCGCCGUGUGAAAGAGUACAAAGUGGAAAUACUGAACCCUCCCCGGGAGGGGAAGAAACUCCUGGUACUAGAUGUCGAUUACACGUUAUUUGAUCAUAGGUCUUGUGCAGAAACUGGGGUGGAACUGAUGAGGCCGUAUCUUCAUGAAUUUCUAACAUCUGCCUAUGAAGAUUAUGACAUUGUUAUUUGGUCUGCAACAAAUAUGAAGUGGAUUGAAGCUAAGAUGAAAGAGCUGGGAGUGAGCACAAACGCCAACUACAAGAUCACCUUCAUGCUGGACAGCGCUGCCAUGAUCACCGUGCACACGCCCAGGAGGGGCUUGAUUGAUGUAAAGCCUCUUGGUGUUAUAUGGGGAAAGUUUUCCGAGUUUUACAGCAAAAAGAACACCAUUAUGUUUGAUGACAUAGGAAGAAACUUUCUAAUGAACCCACAGAACGGUCUAAAGAUAAGACCAUUUAUGAAAGCGCACCUCAACCGAGAUAAGGACAAAGAGCUUUUAAAGCUAACUCAGUACCUCAAGGAAAUAGCAAAAUUAGAUGACUUUUUGGAGCUAAAUCACAAAUACUGGGAAAGGUAUCUGUCGAAGAAGCAAGGACAGUAGUUCCAAGUCAGACUGGCAUUUACCGGAGAUACUUGAGAUCCACAAACUUUUUGCUUUGAUGCUAGCAAUUAUCAUGAUAGUGCUGGACACUGAAGCAAAAUCCAGACUGCUUAUCCUUGGUCUUCCAGUUCUUCAUAAAUUUAAUUUUAUAUUUUUUGAAGAUCAUAAAAAUAUGCUAAAGAAAUUCUCUUCCCCCUACAUUAGCAUACACUUAACUUUUGAGAAAAAAAAUUUUCUUCAGCUCUGACCAAUGAGAUGUUUUCCACUAUCUCCCUUAAAAAAAAGGUAAAAUGAAAAGAAAGAAAGGUGGGGGAAAAUGUAUCACCCACCAGUCAUUUUGUGACUUUGGAAACCAGUUACGUCUUGUGUUUCUGUCUUACUGUAUUAGCAGCUGCCUAAAUCUAAGACUCAGACCAAAUCCAUUGAGAUGAACCACUUUUGAAUGACUAACCUAGAUUAUUAUGUUUAAAACUACCAACAAAAGAGAAUAUUUUAUUCAGUUAUAGACAAGAUUCCCAAGCUUUAUCAGUUUGGUCUCUGAAUAUAUCAGUGAUCUUUAAGAAAGAAUGGAGAACAUGAGUGUGGUCCGCCAUCUCUUAACACAAGAAAUGGAACAAUAAGACUUACGAAUAACACUAAGAAACAGAUUGCUUAUUUUUAUUUUUGUUUUGCUUUUCAAGGUAGGGUCUCGCUGUAGGUCAGGCUGACCUGGAAUUCAUGAUGUAGUCUCAGGUUGGCUUUGAACUUACAGUGAUCCUUCCACCUCUGCCUCCCGAGUGCUGGGAUGAAAGGCUGCAUCAGAACGCCCAAGACAUUUCUUCUUGUUGGCUAAGUGGAAGCACUUCUGCCUGAAACCGUUGUCACAUUAAAAGUUAAAGGCAAUAACUUUUAAAGUGGGGCACAUCACUGACUCAACCUUAAAUAGCAUGAACGAAAGGUUGUUCUUUUCCAGCUCUAUCUUGUCUAAGUGCUAACACUAAAAAUAUCUAGCCAUAAAACUCAAAAUAUGUAUUAUUUGCAAUGCUUAAGCCUGCAGGUAUGUAAGGUAACCACUGUUUUGUGUUGACAGUUUUGCUUCAUACAGUCGCAUUUGAAGGAAGUUUAAAUAAGUAUGGUGUAUACUGUUCUUACCGGCUUUCAGUGGUGUAAAUAAUAAAUAUCUUUUUCUUAAA